AUGUGCGUUUUGAUCCUUUAUGGUCUCGUAAGUUGUGCACGAUUGUUUAUUAAAUUAUUACUACGACAAUUGACAAUAAAAGAUAUCAGUGAGCUACGCAUGCGUCUCAAUGUGAUGAUACUUCGUUUAGAAACGUGUCAAGUACUGUUCUGGGCGACAUGGUAUCCUGGCUUCUACACUGAACACAUUGGAGUCCGUCCCGGCAACGCUGUCGGCUGUCUCACUCACGCCCACUGCCGCUCGUGUAAGUGCGUCUCCCUCACGCAGGAAGCUAUUACAAUAUGCAGCAGGACGCUGAACAACAACUGCUAG